AUGUACAGUAAUGUACAUAGUGCAGAGAAAUUACGAAUCGAACAGAGCCAUUUUACAACACCAUCCAAUAAAAAGAUAGAAAUAUCUACUAUAGCUAGUAAUUAUCAUAUAGAAGUUAAUCCAAGUGAUGUUGGAAAUAAUGACCGAAUAGUGAUACAAGAAUUAAUUAAAAAUCUAGCUCAAGUUAAUCAACUAGAUUCUUCAUCUCAGAAAGAAUUCAAAGUUGUGGUGCUAACAGAGGUAGACAGAUUAACAAAAGAUGCUCAACAUGGUUUACGUCGUACAAUGGAAAAGUACAUGGCAACAUGUCAGUAUAAUAGUUAUAUUAUUGUAGGAGGAGUGAGAUUUAAGGCUCAGUGUCAAAAAGGCAUAGUCCUAGUUGAUUACCCAAUAAAGAAAUCAUCAUCAUCAUUAUUAUUAUUAUUAUUUUGA